AUGUUAUUUCUACUAUACUUUAUUUUAAUUUUCCAUCAAACAACAUCCUUAUUUCCUGGUGCUAGUAUUGAUGAUGGAAAUGUUGAAAAUUGGGAAUAUCCAAAAGAUAAAUUAUCAAUUAAUUUCUAUAUUUAUGAUGAAACAACAAAUACUGCCCUCAUUCGAUGGAAGAAAGAACUAAAUAAAUUAUUUCAUUCAAUAACUAUUCAUCAAGAUAUUAAAAACUGGCGUGAAAAUAGUUUAACAUUAGCAAGAAAUAAUAAUUGUGGUCGAGUUUUUAUUUCUAAUAUUGGUAUAAUCUUAUCUGAAAAAGCAUUAAUAAAUUUAUCUAAAUUAGAUAGUCCUAUUGUUUCAUCAUUAUUAUUUGAUGGCUUUCAAGGUAAAACAAAUGCAGAAAAUUAUGGAAUAACAGAUUUAAAUGAGGAGUUUCUUGAAUUUAAUGAAAAAAAUAAUCUUGAAAUUAAUGAUAUAUUAAUAGAACCUAUUUAUAUAAAUUUAAAAAAAAUGGAUUCAUCUUACUUAACAUUUGAAAAAGAUAACAUUAGAAAUGUUGAUAAAGAUUCUAAUGAAAUUGAGGUAUUCCUUCAUUCAGCUAAAAUAAUGAAUAUUCCAUUAUAUCUUAAUAAUCAGUAUAAUUAUGGAUAUUUUUUUGACUAUGAAAAUUUAGAAAAAAAUGAGAAAGAAGAUUUAAUUAAUUUAUUUGUUGCUAAUAGAAUUUCAGAAGGUGAUUUGUAUUCUUUACCAUCAUCUAAAAUUUUAAAAAAAUCUUACCCAAUUCCAAAUAGAUUUUCUUUUGAUAAAAUUUAUUUAAUUAAUUUAAAAAGAAGAAGUGAAAGAAUGGAAAAAAUGGAUGAAAUAUUAAAAACUGUUGGUUUUAUGUAUGAAAGAUGGGAGGCUGUUGAUGGAAAAAAGUUAAGUGAUGAAGAUAUUAGUAAAACAAUUAAAUUCCUUCCUAAUUAUAUGGAUCCUUAUCAUAAAAGACCAAUGAAAAAAGGUGAAAUUGGAUGUUUUAUGAGUCAUUACAAAAUUUGGGAAAAUGUUGUUAAAAAUAAUUUGAAUAAAGUGAUUGUUUUUGAGGAUGAUGUUCGUUUUUCUAAAAAUGCAACAGGAAUUUUGAGGCGUUUGGUAUCUGAUUUAGAUACUACAAAUGAAGAAUGGGAUUUUAUUUAUUUAGGUAGAAGAAAAGAAAAUCCAAAAGCAAAAGAAUAUUUUAUUCCUGGUCAUAGACAUCUUAGUUCAGUUACCUAUUCUUACUGGACUUUAGGUUAUGCUUUAAGUAAUAGUGGAGCAAAAAAAUUAUUGGCAGGUAAACCAUUAGAAAAGAUGAUGGCAUUAGAUGAGUAUAUUCCAAUAAUGUAUGAUAAUCAUCCAUUUAUUGAAUGGAAAAAAUAUUUUUCAAAUCGUAAUCUUAAAGCAUUUACAGUUUAUCCUCUUAUUGUAGUACCAGAAAGAUAUACAAAUGAUCCUGGAUAUGUUAGUGAUACAGAAGAUUCAAUUGUUAUAGAAAAAGUUGAAAUACCAAAAGAGGAAUUAUAA